GCGGAGCGUGGCCGAGGCGCAGGCGCAGGCGGGCGGGCGAGCUAUGUGCGCAUGCGCAGCCUGAGCCAUCCCAGUAGCCUCCAGCACAAGAUGGCGCCGCGGGAAUCUCUACCUCGACCUGUGUGAGGGAACGCUAAGUAACGCCGCCGUGUUUCAGCUCUGCCUUGUUCCGCAAGAAAGCAGAGGCUGAGCCCCGGCGGGUGCGAUGGCCGCGGUGGUGGCCAAGCGGGAAGGGCCGCCGUUCAUCAGCGAGGCAGCCGUGCGGGGCAACGCGGCGGUCCUGGAUUACUGCCGGACCUCGGUGUCAGCGCUGUCGGGGGCCACUGCCGGCAUCCUCGGCCUCACCGGCCUCUACGGCUUCAUCUUCUACCUGCUUGCCUCCAUCCUGCUCUCCCUGCUCCUGAUCCUCAAGGCGGGAAGGAGGUGGAACAAAUAUUUCAAAUCACGAAGACCUCUCUUUACAGGAGGCCUUAUCGGAGGCCUCUUCACCUACGUCCUGUUCUGGACAUUCCUCUAUGGCAUGGUGCACGUCUACUGAAAUGAGGGCAGGGGUGCCUUUUUUAAAACAUCAGAUUGGAAGACUGUUGCCAGAAAUUAACACCGUGUAGACUUACUUAGUUUUUAAAUUGUUGAAUUCGCUGYUUGUUCUGUAACGUUAUAAAUAAUUUAUAUCUGAAGACAGAGAGCCUGUAAUAUUCUUCAGAUUAAAUGAAGUGUGAGACACUUUGUGAAGUUCUUUCUUGUCUUAAUGUAUAGUUUACCAGUGGUGCAAAGUCGCCAAGAUUUGACUUCUGGAGAGCAGGCCUGGGCUAUAGUCUGUAAUUUCCCUGCUUACAUGUAGGCAUUUCAGACAGGGGCUACUAGGGCUACUUACUGUUAACAUCCUGAGAACGGAUAACAGUGUAUUUAUUAUUUCCUUACAUGCCAGGCAUUGUGCCUUGUACUUUUUAUGAACUUUAUUUCAUUUAAUUCUAGCAAUAACAUGGAGGUGUUACUGUUAAU